AAACAGAGAAUACUCUCCUGCCUAGGAGAUACCAUUCCAAAUGGCAAACGGAUGUGGAACACAAAAUGUAACCUGUGUGUAAGUAAUGUUUCCACGAAACAACAAAAUCACUCCACUGCCAGCGCACACAGCCACUGAUCUCCUGUCUGCUCAAAAUGCAUCUUUGGAAGGAAAACAGGUCAGCGGCAACUUAUUUCAAGGCGUCCUAAAGGAACAGCGUUACUGCCAAGGUACAGCCAUAAGAUGUCAGCAAAGGAAUGGAACGAUUAAGGCGAGAGAAAGCUCUCUUGCUGGCCAAAAUACUGGUUCAAAUAACAGUUGCGUUAUACUCACAUCAGCUGAAGUGCACAAACCAAGUAUACAGCUUUCUGGACUCCAGAAUCAUUUACCUAAUGGGAGUGUGAAUGCUUUUAGAUCGGAAUUCAGGUUGUUAGAAGCAAACCCAUUUUCCACUGUUGGCAUUUCUUCUGUACAAAAUGGUCUUCCACGUUAUCCACACCACCUGUUUCCACUCCAUCUAAAAGGUGAGCAUUGGAGCCGAACAGAUCCACCAAAGGAAACAGAAGGAUUCCAUGCAAAGCCUGAAAAGAAGAAUGUUGCAAUCCCUCUUUGCCCAUCAUGCAACCAACGGACGGUGCAAGUUUUCCCAGCUGCACACAAUAAUACAGCAGUCCCAGAAAGAGGAAUUGAGCCGAACCCACCGAUGGCAAGCACGUGGGAUCAAAGCCAACUGCUGAGUGCAAAUAAACAUACCAAAUCCUUCCUGCCUACAUGCGAGGACUGCCUCCGAUGUUUUGCCUGCACAUGUCCCCCAACAAAAGUAUUUGGCCACUACUAUGCCAUGUCUGUGAUCUGCUGGUUGGCAAUUAUCCUCACAAUAGUUAUUGUCAUUGCAACAACUCUUCACAAUCAUUAACUUCACAGUUGUCUUCCAACCCAAAACAAGCUACUACCAUGAUCAUCAACAAAUGUAUGGCAUAGCUUAACCAGUUAAUCCAUUCUUGAAUCUCAGUUCUUAUCCAUAGCUGAUAUGGAUUCUUAAUUUCCACUCAUUAUUUUAGCCUAAUGAAAGAGCCCUUAAGGUCUCUUUAAGUAAUAAAUUCUAUUUAUAUUAUAAUUAUAGUCUUUUUUAUGUCAAAUGAAGAAUUAAACUUAGAGGACUUAAAGGGCACUUAUUACACCGCACUAAGGCAGCUGUGGACUGACACAACCUGCAUUUUGGAUGGGGGAACAAAAUCAUCAGUUCAGAGAUGGCUUCCACCUGCCCAGUAUUGUGGCCUAUGCCUUCUUUGAAGGGAAAGCUAUUUUUCAGGCGCUCUUUAAUAAGGAAACACACACAAAGAAAUAUGAUUCUUCCAGCUAUUUUAAUUUUAAAAAGUCUAUUCUUUUCAUUUCUAGCAUUACUCACUACAGUGCAGUUCAUAACACGUAUAAUUGUAUAUACUUAUAUCCUAUAAUAAUGAUGUGUGUUAAUCUGCUCAUACAAGGGCUGAUUCCAGAAAGCCCCUCCAGACAGAUCUGGAAGCCUAUUAGCUCGUAUAUGGGGUAUCAAGGCAUUGUUAUCCUCACCUAACCCAUAGGAAUGCAGCAUGAUGUGAUUGUUAGCCCCUGGGCAACAAUCAGAUUGCUGGCAACCUCGCCAACAUCAGUCUUAGUUGUGUGUUAAAUGGCCGAUUUCCUCUUGAUCAUUAUGCUCUCUGCUUCUGUGUUAUUGCACUGAACCUAUAAUAUUGUACAUAUAUACAGCAAAACUAAUGACACCAGUGUACUGAAAAUGUCCUUUUAUUUAAAAAAAUCACAGAAUAUCACCUAUAGCAGGUGUUUAUGAGAUGAGGUAAGUGUAGGUAUAAAAUAGAGGGUAACUAUACUCUGAAGUGGAAUUAUUUUCUGCCAGCCCCAAGAUUAUCCUAUUAAAGUCCUGGGAUUCUAGGCUGAAUUCCCAUUAUUUUACUGUGUUAUAGUAAAAUUAAGCCUGAAAAAGCUGGAAAUUAAAAAGAAAUUGUAAUUCACAGUGAGAAAGGAUGAAAACAAUAUUCAAGUGAUUUUU